AUGAUGGAAAAGAAUUCGAAAGAUACUCAACAAGCUAGUGAAAUGAAUGCGUAUAACAUCUCGGGACCAUCUCAACAAAAUCACCAAAAGACCGUUAACGGCUCUGAAAAAAGAAAGGCGGAAACAAGCGAGUAUGAUAUGUGGAAGUUUUCGUACAGUUUAGUAAAAAACGGAUACAGUAUACUGGCGCCGGAGCCGUCGCAGAGAAGCAGAAGCUACCGCGACCUCAUCCUGCAGGAAAUGAACUGGAUGGCGUUGGACUAUUACCAGGAGAGGAGAUGGAAGUCCCAUAUCGCAAAAGAGAUAUCAAACUCAAUAAACACAUCGAUAAUAGACAGGAAAAAAUUGAAGAGAGACUGGCCGUCGAAGCAGUGUUCAUACAACGUGGAAAUGUUUUGGCUUAAACUAAAGGAAACAGGAGAAAACUCGGGAAUAUCAAACGCACUUCAAGAGUACUGCCAAAGAAUGGUGUCAGGGAAGAACCUGUGGUUCAACUCCCACGAGGUGGUCGAGGAGGCGCCGCCGAAGAGGAACGACCUGCUGGCAAUAACAGUGCCAGUCUACAAAAACGCGAACACGAACUCGGUGAACAUUGCGAAAAAUGAGGUGGUCAACGCGACGCUGAACCACAUGCUGGUGCUGGGCGCAGAUCUGUACCCUCAGUAUCACAGGCCACCAGACGACGAGAUAGACGUCUUCACACUCCCAGCACUGAACCCGAAGCACGAGUUCGACUAUAACACACUGCUGCUCAUGCUCUAUUCACUACAGGGAAACAUGCUCAAGAAGAUGUCAAGACAGGAGUUGAAGGCGAUACUGACGAACGUGAACAAGUACAAGACGUAUCAACAGCAGCAGACAGCCCCGACGCAGCCGCUGAGAAGACUCCCGAGGGACGACAUAGACCCGUUCUCGCUGAGCGUCAACUACAGAGAUUUCCUGGACAACUCGCCAAUGCAGCCAAUGUACGUGCAGAAGAUGGUGCUGAAGUGGGAGGACCCGGUGAUCAACGACUCGGACUUUGAGCUGCUGGACUCGUGGAUGCUGGAGAAGAGGUGCUGGCCGUUGAUCUCAAUAGCACUGAACCUGAGGUCGAGCUCAGGAGGACUGAUGCGCAGAGACUUCAGCCCGAGAGCGUGCAGAGAGGCCUUUAAAAAAAUAAAAAAGACGCCGAGGGGGCUGGUCAACUCGUCGAAGAAGCUGCUGGGCCCGAAGCAGACGAAGACGAUUCUGAGCUUCAUAGACGCGCCGCCAGGAAACUAUAAGUUCAAGCUCAUAGUGCCGCCGGAGAGCGCGACCGCAGACCCUAACGUCAAAUUGAUGACAUCUGAGUCUGGAGAAAGUCAAAUGAAGACGCUCUUCGGAGAAGUGUUCAGGUACUACAGAGAGGAGAGUAAGCUUUACUCAAUGACGCAGGCAGGAAAGAAGGAGACCUUCUACUCGAUCCUGAGGCUGGGAGGAGACCACAAGGCGGACAAGAAGCUGCUGCUGAAGGAGGUGGAGUCGGAGUGCUCGGACGCCUUCAUGGUCCCCCUGAACGCAAAGGUGGAAGUAAUGUCGACGAACCCGUCAGUCAGCAUGCCAACAGGGCUCGUGGAGCUGAUGAGUUACGACGGGAACAUGGAGCAGUUCAUAAUCGUGAAGAGGGGCACGAAGAAGGCACCAGAAGGGGCGCCGAGUGCGCAGGCGAGAAACAGGUUCGUGCGCUACUCAGGAAGACGCUUCGGCGUGAACCACAGGUUCAGCUCGCUCAACUCAGUGGUCACGCUGGCGACGAGCCUGAACAGCCACGACAACGUGGUGAGGAACCUGGGCUACUCGGAGCUGUCGACGAGGAUCAACAAGCAGCUGAGAAUAGGAUUCGUGGGGAUCCCGACGAAGAUGUUCGUGUACUCGCUCUUCUACUGCGGAAGGAUCAAGCCAGACUUCAGAGUGAGGAGAGUGGCGCUCUCGAUCUCGAGCAUCAACAAGUUCAUGCCGCCGCCGCACCUGCUCUACGGAAGAAUGUUCGACACCGAGAUCAGCCUGGUGCUGAACAAGCCGAGACCGAUGCCCUACGACAAGCAGAGGUCUAAGUCGUCGGAGUCCCAGGACACCUUCACCAAUGAGCUGGUGCAGACCUACUCGAACGAGGUGAACUCGUACCUGAAGACGAAGGCAGACGAAACGAACCUGCCGACAGUGCUCUCGAUGUUCGCGCAGGUGUCGCUGGCAAAGGGCAACCUGACGAACCAGAGCUGCUUCUCGAACAAGAAGAUACCAAUAGUGGCCUCCGGAUUCAGCUCGUCAGCAAACACGAGCAAUUCGAGCUCGACGCCCACAGAUAGGAAGAAGACCAUGGCAAACUCCUUCGAAAGCACGCCGAGGCAGAAGACGAGGCAGGGAGCAGAGCUGACGAUCCCACUCGAGAAUUUGCAGAGCUUCAGGCCGAGGCAGGAUGCGGUGUUGCGAAGGCACGUGCAGCACCCUCACGGCAUCAUGUCGCUGCACCAGUACCAGCAGAUGCAGAUGAUGUACAACAUGAUGAACGCAAUGCAGCAGCAAAUGAAACAGAUGAACAACAUUAACAUGAUGAACCUGAGUCAGCAGAUGAACGCAAUGAACAACAUUAACGCGGGCAUGGGAAACCUGGGCAACAUGAACAUGGCCGCAGGCAUUAACAUGGCAAUGGGCCAGCCGAUCAACAGCAUUGGCUCCAUGAAUCAGCAGCUGAGCUCAAUGGGCCAGCAGAUUAACGCGAUGAACCAGGGCAUGGGAGGAAUGAGUCAGCAGCUCGUGUACAACAUCCAGAACCAGCCGAUGCAGCACUACCAGGAGGAGGAGUCGUAUCAGUACAGGUACGACCAGCAGAGGCCAAGGCACUCCUAA